UCUUCGCUACUAAACUUAUGUAAUUGUGAUGGUUGCGGUUCUUAUAAGCACGUGAAUGUCAAAUUCGAACGUUUUUUACACUUUUCUACCGAUUUUAACAUGAAAUAACGACUCGUCAAACAUGUAUCGAUUAUUCAACACGCGAAUUUCAUCUUUCCGAAAGCUGACAAAUUUGUCAUCGGGUUUUAACAGUGAAAAUGUAAAUUUUAAGGUUAGGGACGGGGGUGGCCUCCUCAACACACAGCUAAAUAACUACUGUAUUGCAUGUGCUCGUAAUCAAUCGACUAACACUAACCCGAACUUAGCGCCUAAAAAGAUACGCAAAAGAUCGAAGUCGAAGAAAUCGUAUUAUGACCUACUUGUUGUGACUGAGACAAACGCCAAACAACAAAAAACCUCAAUCAAGAAAUUAACCUGGAACGACCUCAAACUCCUCGCCUCGACCAACCUCAACCUCAGCGAGCUCCACAAACUCAAAGACCUGACCAAAGACAACCAACACGUCCAGGAACACACCUACAACAACCUGGCGGUGAUCGACCCCAUCGCCGCCGAGGAAACCCCCAAUGAGAAGGAACGCGUUGUCACAAUCACCGACAUCCCCCAGCCCCCGGAACAACCCCAACCCCCAGUCGAGGAAUUACUCGACACAAUCCCCAAAAUCGACUUCCUCCAACCCGAAAUCAUCGACGAACCGCCAGAGAUAAGCGAGGUCAGCGACCCCGCACCCAAAAUAAAUUUGAGCAAAAAAGCGCGUUACGAAAUAUCAGUCAAAACACUAGGCUCGUACUUGGAGAUGUGCUCCACCUUGCAAACGCCCAAUCGGGGCCUAAACGCCCUCAUCUUCCACAAUCAGAGGGCCACCAGAGGCAAGGAUUUGACUUUCGCCACAAUGAAAAGCAUCAAGGUUUACAACGCGGUACUGAAGGGGUUCGCCGCCAAGGGCGAAACGUCGCGACUCGAGGAAGUGCUAGCGAUGGUACGCAAAGAGAACGUCAAGCUGAACUUGCAGAGUUAUAUUGCAAUAUUGGAGUGUUACGGACGGGCCAAUUUCCACGACCACUACCUCAAACAAAUUCGGAUUUAUGCAAAGGAGGCCGUGACUAACGGUUUCACCUUCGAUCGGAUGCUGAACGAAGGGACUUUUCUCAACGACGAGCGGGCCGUUGUUUUGGCAACGAUGCAAAAAUUUGACCCGUCUUAUCGUCCAAAAUAUGCGGAACCAAUUGUUCAGUAUGACAAUGAACUGGUCAAUAGCUUGAACCACGAUAGUCAACUGGAAUUGCCUGAGGAGGGCCGUUUGAUUGACGAAACUGGGCUCUUCACCCCCGGUUUUAUGCAAUCAGCGGUUGCCAAACAACUCGAGUUGGAAAAAACCGGUCAAAUCGUCGUCAAAAGUAUCGAAAAUCGUGGCAAAGUCUCAGACGAAGUGACAAAGUAUCGCGAGAUAAUGAACCAGCACAUCAGAGACUGGGAGGAGACCGCUGCCAAGGCUUUCAACCGCGACUUGAGCGCCUUGGCGGCCCAGAAGAGCCCCCUGAACCCCGAAAUCUACAUGCGGAGCAUCCCCCUUAAGGACUUUGUCACGAUCCUGGUGAACGAAGCGAAGCAAAUUGCCGAGGGUUCCGAAACCUACAGUCCGACAGUGAACCAGUUGUACCGCGAUUUGGGGAGCAAGGUGUACGCAAGGUACAAGAUCUUGCGUAAGCAGAAGACCGGUGUCUUGGACAAGGUCCAGUCAAUUCACUCGCGGUAUUGCCAAAGUUACGCCCACCAGCACGAAGAACUGGGGGUUUUACCCGAGACAGUCCACCACGUGAACCCCCGGCAGCAGUGGCAGUGGUUCGAGUACAGCAUGAAGGGCACUGGGGCCACCCUAACCAUGGACCACCGCACUUGGUCGCCCUCCACCCUCCAAACCAUCGGCAAAUUCCUGUACAAGAUCGUGAUGCACGACUUGAAAGUGGACGUCAACGCCAUGAAGGCCAACAUCAAGCAUAAGAACAACCACCCGGCGUUUUACACCGUGUUCCGGACGCAGGGGCGCGUCCUGAAGGAGGAGGUGAAGCCGCAUCCGGUGUUGGCGCGGCUGUUCCGGGCGUCGAUGCCGGAGACGUUGACGUUUCCGGCGAAUGAGCUGCCGAUGUUUUGCCCGCCUGUUCCCUGGACGUGUGUGGACAACGGCGGGUAUUUGAUUGUUCCGUGUGAGGUUGUGCGGUUGCCGCCGCAGGCCACGUCGCAGAAGCAACGCUUGUAUCAGAGUGAGGUUCAGCAGUUGUAUCCGCCUUUGGAUGCACUGAAUCAGCUGGCGGCAGUGGCAUGGAAGGUUAAUACCGAUGUUUUGGAUGUGAUUUUGGAGGUUUUUAAUAAUGGGGGCUCGGCGAAGUUGGAUGUGCCGGAACCGCCAACGGCGUUGGCUAGGCCACAGGCGAUCACGAAUGAUAUGGAUAAGGCUCAGAAGUUUAAGUUGUUUAGGCAGAAGUUGCAGUAUAGGAGGAAGAAGGCGGAGAUGUAUUCGCUGUGGUGCGAUUGUUUGUACAGGUUAUCACUGGCCAAUCAUUUCCGGUCGGACAUAUUCUGGCUCCCCCACAACAUGGACUUCCGGGGCCGCGUCUACCCCGUCCCCCCUCACUUGAACCACCUCGGUUCGGACUUGGCACGUUCAAUGCUAGUUUUCGCCGAAUCACGCCCUCUAGGCCCCGACGGCCUCAACUGGCUCAAACUCCACUUAAUCAACCUCACCGGUUUAAAAAAACGCGACUCGAUAACCGAUCGGUUAGCAUACGCUGACACCAUCAUGGACGACAUCCUCGAUUCCGCCGACAGCCCCCUCACUGGCCGCCAAUGGUGGGCGGAAUCAGAGGAGCCGUGGCAAACCCUCGCCUGCUGCAUCGAAAUCGCCAAAGCGACGCGUUCGGGGAACCCCGAGACGUACCGCUCCCACUUCCCGGUGCACCAAGACGGCAGCUGCAACGGCCUGCAACACUACGCGGCCUUGGGGCGGGACAGCGCAGGGGCGUACAGCGUGAAUUUGUGCCCGUCGGAGGUGCCCCAGGACGUGUACAGCGCCGUGGUGGCGCUGGUGGAGCAGCAGCGGCUCGUGGACGCGGCCAAUGGGGUGGAAGUCGCGAAGGCGCUCCAUGGGUUCGUUAAGCGCAAAGUGAUCAAGCAGACCAUAAUGACCACGGUUUAUGGGGUGACGAAGUACGGGGCCAGGUUGCAAAUCGCGAGGCAGUUGAAGGAUAUUGACGAUUUCCCGAAGGAUUUGGUCUGGGCGGCUUCUUCCUACCUCACUGGACGGACUUUUGACUCGUUGAGGUCGAUGUUUACGUCGACGAGGGAGAUUCAAGACUGGUUUACGGACUGUGCCCGCUUGAUUUCUAUGAGUGGGCAGCACGUCGAAUGGGUGACUCCCAUGGGGUUGCCCAUUGUGCAGCCAUACAUUAGGUAUAAAAAUCUAGGGACGUCUUUGGUCUACAAGCCGUACCAUAUGGACGAGUUUGAGAAACCAAAUGUGAUGAAACAAAAAAAUGCCUUUCCGCCCAAUUUUAUACAUUCGCUCGAUUCUAGUCAUAUGAUGCUCACGUCGCUGUUUUGCGAACGAGCGGGGAUUACGUUUGUUUCGGUUCAUGAUUGUUACUGGACGCAUCCUUCGACUGUAGAUAUUAUGAAUAAAAUAUGUAGGGAACAAUUUGUCGCACUUCAUUCAUUGCCAAUUUUAGAGAAUCUCUCGAUGUUUUUGACCGAAAAGUACAGUUUUCGAAAUGACGAUCUUAUCGGAGAUGGAUCUAUAUCAGAUUUGACCAAAACGAAGCUAAAUAAGGUGCUAAGGAAGUUACCAAAGACGGGCGAUUUUGAUAUAACACAAGUUUUAAAAUCUGUGUACUUCUUUAGUUAACUUUAAGUUAAUAAAGUGAUUUUUGUUAAUUCGAA